AACAACAAACGCCGCAGACGCUGCUCUUCUUCGCACGGAACAGUCCGGACGCACUGUGGGAAAAUCACUCCACCGGGACUAUCUCUCUCUCCUGCUUCAUUUUUCGCCUUAGCUGGAACUAAUUUGUGAUUUCUUUAAAAAAAAGAAGAUGAUUCCAGAGUUAAACUACGACUCCGUGGAGAACAGGAUGCAGUCAGUGGGUCUGGCUCUGGAAGAGCUUCUGGUAACGGCUCAGAAACAAGACUGCCUCACCAUUGGCAUCUAUGAAUCAGCCAAACUGUUUAAUGCAGAUCCAGAUAGCGUGGUCCUGUGCGUCCUGGCCUGUCGCCCUGACGAUGAGGACGACGUGGCGCUGCAGAUCCACUUCACGCUGCUGCAGUCGUUCUGUUGCGACAGUGGCAUCACUAUCCUGCGAGUGUCCGGCCUUCAGAGGCUGCAGCAGCUGCUGGGAUCAGUGGACGCCAACAGAAACCAGGAGGAGCACAGGGACCUUCACUGCAUGCUGGUUACGAACCCCCAGGCUGACCACUGCAGGCUCCAAGAGGUGGGGAUCUACUGCCAGGAGAGCCGACGCCUGGACCAGUGGGUUCCUGAACUGGUCCUGCAAGAGCGAUGAAGGAAACCCCCGGACAUGCAAACGGCAAACACAAGAGCUCUUCCUCAGGCUCAGAUAGAGAGGAGCUGAGAGAUCCGUCCGUUGUAGGUCAAGCAGGUUUUGCCUGGAGGGAUCCGUCCAAACGGACAACGAGCAGGAAGCCAAGGAACGCCGCGUCCGGUGACGGAAGAAUGAGGACGGACAGAUUGGAGACCGGUUUCUGUGGUUGAGUGCAAAAGAUUCAGACAGUGAAGUUUUACAUGAUUUAGUGAAACAAAACCCCGAGCUUCAACUUCAUGCUUCUGUUUGGCAACGCGCUUGGGUCGUGACAGUGUAACCAGUCGAGGAGUAAUCGCGUCCACGCCUCCACUUGCUUCAUGGAGAUGUGUGGUUUUCGAAGAACAGCAAAGGAAUGCUGUCGUGGUGAAACUAUGCCCAACAUUCCUGUGUACUCUGACAUGGGAGAGGUCCUUGGAGAGAAGGUGUGUGUGUGUGUGUGAGUGUGAAUGUGUGGUAUGUGUGUGGAAUGCGUGUACAAUACUUGGUUCUUUCUUUAGAAAAGACUGGGCGUUCUGCGUGUGUGUGUGUGUUCUUUAAAUGAGCAGCUCAACCUGCAGAGAAAUCAUUACCAUGAAAACUCAACUCCAAAUGAUGUUCAAGCUCAAGUCACACAGGAGGAAAUGGUGUUUGCAGGACUGAAUAAACUGUAAUAAGUAUUGUCUGUGUGGUCAAACAAAAUGUCAAUAUCCUUAGUGCCUUCAGGAGGAAUGACUGAUAAAAUGCUGUUAUCUUAAAGUUGCGUGAGUACACUGUUAAGUUAUUACUUGUACCGGUUGUUUGAAUACGUAUUUAUUGUUUGAAUUAACUAAGUCAAUAAAUUAUUGUGUCCAUAA